AUGACUUCAUCAUCAGAAGGGGAACUCCUUCAAAAUAAUCAAGUAAUAAGAGAAAGAUGGAAAAUAAAACAAAAAAUUGGUGGUGGAGGAUUUGGUGAGAUAUAUGAGGCAAAUGAUUUACAAAAUCAUAAUGAAAGAGUUGCUGUUAAAGUUGAAAGUAGUAAAGCAACUAAACAAGUCCUAAAAAUGGAAGUUGCAGUAUUAAGAAGACUCCAAGGAAAGAAGCAUGCAUGCAAAUUUUACGGGUGUGGUAGAAAUGAUAAAUUUAAUUAUCUUGUUAUGUCAAUGCAAGGAAAAAAUUUAGCUGAUCUUAGAAGAGAAUCACCUAAACAAUCAUUUUCAGUAUCAACUGCAAUAAGAUUAGGAUUACAAAUAUUAAAUGCUAUACAAGAGAUACAUUCUAUUGGUUUUUUACAUAGAGAUAUUAAACCAUCAAAUUUUGCUAUGGGAAGAUCAACAGGAACAUCAAAAAUUGUUUAUAUGCUUGAUUUUGGGUUGGCUAGACAAUAUCUUAAUGCUAAAGGUGAAAUAAGAUCACCAAGAUCAGCUGCUGGUUUUAGGGGUACAGUAAGGUAUGCAGCUGUCUCAGCACAUAAAAAUAAAGAAAUGGGAAGACAAGAUGAUUUAUGGAGUUUAUUUUAUAUGCUAGUUGAAUUUUUACAAAGCGCUUUACCUUGGCGUAAAAUAAAAGAUAAAGAUGAGGUUGGAAGAUUAAAAGAAGAGGUUGAUUUAGAGUAUUUACUUGAAGGAUGUCCACAUGAAUUAUUAACAUUUUCUAAUCAUCUUAAAACAUUAUCUUAUCCUGAUGAACCAAAUUAUAUAUUAUUAGAGGGAUGUUUAACAUCAAUAAUUCAACGUAUGGGAAUAUCAAUGGAUGAUCCAUAUGAUUGGGAAAUAGGAUAUGAAAAUGUUGGUAAUAAUAAAAGAACAGGACUUUUAUCAAAUGGUACAAAUAAUAAAAAUAAAAGUCAUACAACAGCAGUUAAAGAUCGUGCACCUGAUGAUAAAAAUAAAAAUCUUGAUACACAAGCACCAAUUACUAUGGGAGAAGAUGAAGAUGAACAGACGGGUAAUUAUAUUGUUAAAAUAGUUGGGGUACCAGAUAAUGAAAAUAAUAAACCAAAAUAUAAAAGACAAGAAUUUAUGAGACCAAAAUAUGGUGCUGUUAGUUUUGAUGUUUUUGAUGCUGUUAAUGCACGAUUAAAUGCUGUUAAUAAUGGUAUUAAUUCAACAUCAGAUUUAUUUCAAAAAAUGAAAGUUGAUGUAUCAGUUGAAAAUAAUAAUGAUAAUGAAUUAAAUGUUCCUCUUAAUAAAGGUAUUAAAGAUAAUAAUAGAAAUAAUAGAUCUAUUACAACAUCAAUUGGUAAAAGAUGUAAUGAUAUAAGUUUAGGAAAAAUAUCAAAAAAAGCUUGUAGUACAACAAUUAAUGAUACAAAUGCAAUUGCUGAAGAUGAAGGUAUUGGAAGUGUUAAUAAAAAUACAGCAUUAAUGUCAAUGUCAAAAUGUCAUGAAUCAUUUGAUGAAACUGGAUAUGAUGAACAUUUAUUAGGUGUUAAUGAACAUCAUUAUAUGGGUGAAAGAAAUGGUUCAAGAUCACCAUUAAAUAGUGGUUUAAGACCAUUUCCAAGAAGUUGUUUAGCUAAUUCUCCAACUGUUCCUAUUUUAAGUGGUACACCAUCAUCAACACCAAGUAAUAAUUUAUCUAAUUCAUCAAAAUCAAAAGGACCAUUACUACAAGGACAACCAUUAUCAAGAAGUCCAACAGUUAAAAAAAAAUUUAUUCAACAAUCACAAAGUCAAUACAAUUUAGCAAAUAAUAAUAGUAAAAAAGACCUACAUAAUGAGAAAGAACAUUCCUCAUCAACAGCUGAAAGAAUGUCAUUAAUGUCACAUUUUAAAAAUUUAGUUACAAGUUUUUCAAAUGGUGCAGCAAAUCAUAUAGCAUCAAGAAGGCGUUCCUUAUCACGAGGUAUUUCACUAGAUGAUCGUCAAUCAGCACUUGCAGCAGUUGCUAAACAUUCAACAAAUACAGCUGCAGCAAUUUCAGGUGGAAAUUUUAAUGGUUCAGGUAAAUGUAAUCAAUCACCAAAUUCAAAUUAUAAACAUUCACAUAAUAAUACAAUAUUAAAACCAUUAUUAACAUCAACAAAAAUUGUUGCUACAACAAAUUAUUAUAAUAAACCAAAUACUGUAGAAAGUAUAGGUGAUUCAAAAAUUUUAAGGCGUUUUAGUAAAAAAGGAAUUAAUAGUAAUGAUUAUCAAAGUGAACCUGACUCAUCACCAACAAGGAAUACCGGAUAUAAACAAGCUUUAAUAUUAAAUGGAGCUGAUGACAAAAAUGGAUAUUUAGUUGAAACAAAAGUAUUAAAUAAUGGUAUAUCAAUACCUGUUGAAGAUAAAGAUAUAAAAAAUUCACUAUCAUGCAGAAGAAAAAGAUAUCAAUUUUUAAAUUUUAGUCAUCGUGCCAGUACAAAAUCAUAA